AUGUCUUAUAAUCCAUCUACCGGUCCCAGAACUUUGUAUGACAAAGUUUUCGAUGCUCACGUUGUCCAUAAGGAUGAAAACGGUUCAUACCUAUUGUACAUCGAUAGGCAUAUCAUCCAUGAAGUCACUUCUCCACAGGCAUUUGAAGGUUUGAAGAAUAACGGGAGAGUUGUCAGAAGAACAGAUUGUACUUUAGCUACCGUGGACCAUAAUAUCCCUACUGAACCAAGAAACAAUUUCAAAUCUAUUGAUACUUUCAUUAAUCAAGCCGAUUCUCGUCUUCAAGUGAAGACUUUGGAGGAUAAUGUGAAGGAAAGUGGUGUUCCAUAUUUUGGUAUGACGGAAGCAAGACAGGGGAUUGUCCAUGUCAUUGGUCCCGAACAAGGUUUUACUUUGCCCGGCUGUACCGUUGUCUGUGGCGACUCUCAUACUUCUACACAUGGUGCCUUUGGUUGUCUGGCUUUUGGUAUUGGUACUUCAGAAGUGGAGCAUGUUUUGGCUACCCAAACUAUUAUUCAGACCAAAUCUAAGAAUAUGAGAAUUAAUGUCAGUGGUAAGUUAUCACCAGGUGUCACUUCUAAAGAUUUGAUCCUGCACAUUAUUGGACUAAUUGGUACUGCAGGCGGUACAGGUUGUGUCAUCGAAUUUGCAGGUGAAGCCAUUGAAGAUUUAUCCAUUGAAGCUCGUAUGUCCAUGUGUAACAUGUCAAUUGAAGCCGGUGCUAGAGCUGGUAUGAUUAAACCAGACGAAAAGACUUUUGAAUAUCUGAAAGGAAGGCCUCUUGCACCAACUGGUGAAGAAUGGGAGAAGGGUAUUAAAUUUUGGAAGACUUUGCAUUCAGAUAAAGGAGCUCAUUUUGAUCAUGAUAUCACAUUGAAAGCUAUUGAUAUUAUUCCAACCAUCACGUGGGGUACUUCCCCACAAGAUGCUUUGCCAAUCACAGCAUUAGUCCCUGACCCAUCUAAAGUUAGUGAUCCUGUUAGAAAGGGUGAUAUGGAAAGAGCUUUGAAGUAUAUCGGUUUGGAACCAAAUACUCCAUUACAAGCAAUUAAAGUUGACAAGGUAUUUAUUGGUUCUUGUACCAAUUCUCGUAUUGAAGAUUUAAGAAAUGCGGCUAAAGUUCUUGUUGGCCAUCAUAUUGCAGAUAAUAUUGUCAGAGCUAUGGUUGUGCCAGGUUCUGGUUUAGUCAAAGCUCAAGCGGAAGAUGAAGGCCUUGAUAAGAUCUUCAUAAGGGCAGGUUUUGAAUGGAGAGAAGCAGGUUGUUCUAUGUGUUUAGGUAUGAACCCUGAUAUUUUACAACCUGGUGAACGUUGUGCUUCAACUUCAAACAGAAAUUUUGAAGGUCGCCAAGGUCCAUUAUCUCGUACCCAUCUAAUGUCACCAGCAAUGGCAGCCGCUGCUGCUGUUGCUGGUCAUUUUUUUGACAUCAGAGAUUUUAAAUAUAAAGAUAAAGAUACUCCAAAGAUUGCUGUCACUGGUGGAAAAACGGAUGCAUUGGAAAAUGCUAACUACGAAAGUACUGAGCAUGUCGUUCAACCUGAGGAGGCCAACUCAUUCGAUAUUGAGGAGGACGAGAUUGAUGACAUUCCCCUUUCAAAAACUACUAGAGUGGCAUCUGGUCCAACUGGUAUGAAGCCCUUCCUAUCUUUAUCUGCUGUUGCUGCUCCACUGGAUAAAUCGAAUGUAGACACAGAUGCCAUUAUUCCAAAACAAUUUUUGAAAACCAUCAAGAGAACAGGUUUAAAAGUUGGUUUAUUUUAUGAAUGGCGUUUUACGAAAGAUCCCAACGGGAAAGACAAAGAAACUAAUUUUGUCUUAAACGUAGAACCUUGGAGAAACGCAGAAAUUCUAGUUGUUACUGGUGACAAUUUUGGUUGCGGUUCUUCAAGAGAGCAUGCUCCUUGGGCAUUGAAGGAUUUUGGAAUUCAAAGUAUUAUCGCUCCUUCAUUUGGUGAUAUCUUUUAUAAUAACUGCUUCAAGAAUGGAUUAUUACCGAUUAGAAUUCCUCAGAAAAUUAUCCUUGAAAAGUUGAUUCCGAUUGCUAAAAGGGGUGAUAAACUGACAGUUGAUUUACCAAAUCAAACUAUUGGGGAUGGUGAAGGUAACAUCAUCGUUGAUCAUUUUGAAGUUGAAGAAUUUAGAAAGCAUUGUUUGGUUCAUGGAUUGGAUGAUAUUGGUAUCACCUUGCAGAAGGAAGCGUUCAUUACUAAAUAUGAAGAAAUUAGAAAGGCUAAAUAUUCAUUUUGGGAAGGUGGUUCCAAAUUCUUGAAAUUCCCCUUCGAUCCAAGAAUUGAAAAGCACACCCCACUAACCACAUAUGAUGUUGUCCAUCAAGAUUGGUGA